UGGGGGUUGUUUCUUUUAAGAUGAGCUUUAAUGGAUUGGUUUGUAUGGUUAAUAUAAUCAUGACGCUGUGUUGUGUUUUAUCAGUGCCCGCCCCCGGCAGAAUAACUUGUUAAGAGGAGGCAGAUUUUCACUUAGUGAAUAAAUCCCUGGACACACAUAGAUGCUUGGUGUUGUCUUGGCUUUUUUCCUGUGUUGGAGUUAAUUUUAUCCAGGAGCUGCUGUGACAGGAUACUGCACUUGUACCCGUUUUGAAGCAAAAUAUGGAAUGUGUUUCAUUGCUGACUGAACACGGCCAAAUGAACAGUAUUGACAGUAGUUCGAAAAUCAGCAGUUAGCAGUUUGUGCACUACCCAGCACUUUCCAGAGAGAACGAAUUGUUUACAAGAAACCUGCUUUACAAAUCCGUUACAAUACCCUCCAGCUUUGUCUAUUUAAAUAUUUGCAAAGGGGAAGCAUUUCCGUACAAGCGGACUCUGGGAAAAAUGGCAAUGGAUGAGUACCUGUGGAUGGUCAUUGUGGGUUUUAUCAUCGCUUUUAUUUUGGCAUUUUCAGUCGGUGCAAAUGACGUUGCCAAUUCGUUUGGAACUGCGGUGGGCUCUGGUGUGGUCACUUUGCGCCAAGCCUGCAUUUUGGCUUCAAUUUUUGAAACCACUGGCUCAGUAUUACUGGGAGCAAAAGUAGGAGAAACGAUUCGGAAAGGUAUCAUUGAUGUUAAUCUGUACAACAGCACUGUGGAUCUGCUGAUGGCAGGAGAAGUUAGUGCAAUGGUUGGUUCUGCUGUUUGGCAGCUGAUUGCCUCUUUCUUGAAACUCCCAGUAUCUGGGACCCACUGCAUAGUGGGGGCUACCAUUGGAUUCUCACUUGUUGCGAUCGGUACGCGGGGCGUUCAGUGGAUGGAGCUUGUCAAGAUUGUUGCCUCUUGGUUCAUUUCCCCACUGUUAUCCGGUUUGAUGUCUGGAGUGCUCUUCGUGCUGAUUAGAUUCUUAAUUUUAAACAAGGAAGACCCUGUGCCCAAUGGGCUUCGUGCACUUCCAGCGUUCUAUGCUGCUACAAUAGCAAUUAAUGUGUUUUCCAUCAUGUACACAGGGGCACCAGUGCUAGGACUGGUACUUCCUAUCUGGAUAAUAGUCCUAAUAUCAUUUGGGAUAGCUAUAGUAUUUGCUGGGCUAGUGUGGAUUUUUGUGUGUCCAUGGAUGAGGAGAAAAAUAGCAAGCCGAUUAAAGAAAGAUGCCGCAUUGUCAAGGAUAUCGGAUGAAAGCCUUGACAAAAUUCAAGAUGAGGAAACACCUGUUUUUAAAGAGCUUCCUGGAGCCAAAGCAAAUGAUGAGAGCACAAUUCCCCUCACUGGCUCAAUAACUGAAGCCGCUGGAGUGUCAGAUAACAGCGUAGCAAAUGGAAACCAUCCUCGUGUGCCAUAUGGAAGGGCUUUUUCUAUGACGCACACAACUAUGAAAUCUCCUGUUUCCAAUGGCACAUUUAAUUUUGACGGCUCCAUGAGGAGCGAUGGCCAGGUGUAUCACACUGUGCAUAAAGACUCAGGAUUGUACAAAGACUUGCUACACAAAAUACAUCUGGACAGAGCAAACAAUGACCGACCCUCACAAGAAAACAAUUACAAGAUACUGCGUCGCAAUAACAGCUACACUUGUUACACGGCGGCCAUCUGUGGAAUGCCAGUACAUUCAUCCUUCAAGGCAGCUGACCCGACAACCCCAGAGGACAGUGAAAAGUUGGUGGGAGACACCGUGUCCUAUUCUAAAAAGAGAGUUCGCUAUGACAGCUACUCCAGCUACUGCAAUGCAGUAGCUGAGGCGGAAAUUGAGGCAGAGGAAGGGGAUGUGGAAAUGAAGUUGGCGUCAGACUUAGCAGAGCCUAACCAACUCCCAGAAGAUCCUGUAGAAGAGGAAAAGGAGGAGAAGGACACUUCUCAGGUCCACCUACUUUUUCACUUUCUCCAGAUCCUGACAGCUUGCUUUGGAUCUUUCGCCCAUGGUGGUAAUGAUGUCAGCAAUGCAAUUGGUCCUCUGGUGGCUCUCUGGCUUAUAUACGAACAAGGAGGUGUAAUGCAAGAAGCUGCUACUCCCGUCUGGCUGCUGUUUUAUGGAGGUGUUGGGAUCUGUGUGGGUCUCUGGGUCUGGGGUAGAAGAGUUAUCCAGACUAUGGGUAAAGACCUCACGCCAAUCACACCUUCGAGUGGAUUCACUAUUGAGUUGGCUUCGGCGUUCACAGUUGUGAUAGCUUCCAAUGUUGGACUUCCUGUCAGUACUACACACUGCAAGGUUGGUUCAGUGGUGGCAGUCGGCUGGAUACGUUCAAAGAAGGCUGUUGACUGGCGUCUGUUCCGCAACAUCUUUCUGGCCUGGUUUGUGACAGUUCCCGUUGCUGGCUUGUUCAGUGCUGGAGUCAUGGCGAUCUUUAUGUAUGGGAUUCUGCCCUAUGUCUGAAUGCCACUUCCCCACAUAACAGGAAGAAUAGCCAGAACUAUUCUCCCAUGUGGGGCGGGGGGAGGGAGGGGGGAAAGGGAAGAGCACCCCGCUAACCUGUCCAUGGAAGUGCUAGUCGGCAAGGAUUCAUCUUCCAUAUCCAACUUCUUAUCUACUGUAUAUAACAAUGUGUCAUAUUGGUGACAUGGUGGUAUAAUGUGGUGCCGUUCUUAUAUAUUAAAGAAAUAUAUGCAUAUAGUAGGAAAUAGUACCUAAGUUAUAAUAUAAGUGGGGUGAAAAUAAUUGCCUAGGAUUUAAUAUUUAGUAAAGUUUGUACAUAAUGUAACAUUUCAGUGGCGAUUUUUUAAUCUUUUGAAGAAGAGUAUGGAUUGGAAAUGUUUCUUGUCUAUUUGAUACAUGAUAAAGCGAGGUACAGGAUUGCAUAAUAUGAAUUUUUUUAAGGUUAAGAGAUACUGGAACAAAACAAAAUGUGCAUUAAGUGCUUUUCGUAAGAUAACUUUGUUCAUAUCAGAUUGAUCUUUGUGUACAAUACUGUAUGGCGACUGCUUUUGUACAUACUUACAAACAGUAACUUUUUAAUGGUGCAUUUCCCUUAUAUAUUUUGGAUAAGAAAGUUUAGAAAGUACCAAAGAAGCAGGGAAAUAGCUUGCCAGAGUUAUGUUGUUGUCUACCCAUAUGUGUACGUUUAUGUUCCCACUGCUAAUGAAAGGUUGUUUUCACUAAACUACCACCAGCAGAACUGGGAUAGUUCUGUUUAUUUGACUGUAACUAGGAAAAAUAUUUUACAGUUAUGCCUGUACUUGUUAUUCUGUAUGCUUAACACUACUGUCCAUGUGGUUAGUCAACUAACUUCAGUAUGUUUUGAAUCUGACAUACACUAAAUAUUCAUUUUCCAUCUUCCCCCACCCCUAUCAAAUCUAAGCUCAGUGCUGUCAUCAGCCUGAACAGGAGCAAGAUUAAGCCUUAAGUAUCUUCUCCUUCCCCAUUAAUUCUCUGACACAGAAUCUGAGAGCAAUGGGUGGGACUCUGUGGGUUGGUGAUUCCAUGGACAGUACUCAUGUAAUCAUGCACAGAACUUGAGGAAGGGAGGUAAUACGUGUGCCUGACCCGUGGGGGUUGGAAAGUAAUGGGCCCUACCCCAUGAGUGAACUGCUUUCAGGAGUACAGUUGUGUAGUUGAAGUUGUUGUAUCAGCCUGUGUCAUGGAUUCCAACACACACUCUAGAGCCAGGUUUGCAUGUUGCUAAGUACCCUCCUCCACAGGCAGGCCCCGGUUUGUCAGUGGCACAAGGUACUUGCUUAUUGCGACAGAAGCUGUGUCUACACUGCGAUCUGAGCUGUGAUUGAAGUACAGGCAGACAGACCUGCAUGAGCCUGGCUAAAACCAGAAGUGCAGCUGUGGUGGCCAAGGCCUCAGUGCAAGUUGGGUACAGACUUGCAUCCUGAGCUCACUCUGCUGGCUUAGCCAUGCUGGAACCAUCCUGCCACUUGUGGUGUAGACAUGACCUGGGUGGCGAGGGGAGGAGAGGAGCAGAGAGUCUGUGGGGACACGUGGUUGAGUUGAGAUGGUCACUGCAGUGCAGGGGAUUACAUGAAACAAGCAUGGGCUAAAUCUCAGCCUAGAAGUCUUGCUGCCAUUCAGCUGAGCUUCCUGCGCUGGGGGUGGAAGAUGUGGGCUGAUGGAGAUGGGAACUUAGUACUGUUUAAAUGCUGCUAAAACUUUGACAAACAUUCUUGGUACUCUGUUGUGACUUUUCCAUUGGUCAUUCAUACUAAAUUUAUAAUAAAAAGAUAAAUAGCCCCUGUCGUUG